CGUCUCAUACAAAUGGCCGAACCGAGAAAAGUGCAGUUUGUCACCCUCUCGGCCUUCGCCGCUGGAGCAGUGGCGGAGUCUAGGAAACGCCGGCUGGAGGAAGAGGCCGACUUCAACUUCGACAGAGCCGGGGAGGUGGAGGCAGCCGGCGGAGCAGGAGACACCGCCGGCGACAACAAGGCUGCCGCGGAGAGGAGGGCGACCCUCCGGCUCAACCUGUCCCUGUCCGAGCCGGACGACCGCUCCUCCGCCGAGUUCAAUUAUGGCGAACUCAUCCAGAACCUCCAGGGAAAGAGUAAAGUUCCAGGUUUGACUCCAGCCCCCAGUCCCAACGACCCCUUCAACGAUGAGGAGCGCGAGCGGCUCCAGGUCGAAGCCCUGGCGAAAAAGUUUGAAAAUAAAUAUAACAACACGGGGACAAAGAGGAGGAAGGACCGAAUGCAAGACUUGAUAGAUAUUGGGUUUGGUUAUGAUGAAACGGAUCCGUUUAUAGACAACUCAGAAGCUUAUGAUGAGCUGGUGCCUGCAUCUCUGACCACAAAGCUCGGGGGAUUUUACAUCAACACUGGAACGCUGCAGUUCAGAGCGACCUCUGACUCGGAGGGGGAGGAGGACGAGAAGCUGAACAAUGAUAUGGAGCAGGUGGUUAAGAAGAAGAAAAAGAAAGAGUUGAAUGAUUUUGAAGAGAAGGACUUGAAGAACAACGUACCUAAACAAGGAGUGACGGCGCUCAACCUUCACCGGCCAGAGAAGAAAAAGAAGAAACUGAUGAAGGACUCUUUCUACCUGGCUGCAAUGCUCCAUCGCUUCACCCAGGAGAAAGAAGAGCUGAGGAAAGGAAACCCCACCGUGGAUCACCUCGGCGUGUCUGGAGGUGCAGCUAACAAGUCCCACUCUGGCAACUCCACAAACCUCCCAUUGGUUUCCAACUCCAGCCAGCUGCAGAGCAGCACAGCUGGCAGCGACCUCUCCCUGGCGGACCUCACCUCGGACCCCGCUGUCAUGUCACUGCUGGGCUCGGCCACCGAGAAGGAGCUGCAGGAUCUGUUGGGUGACCUGGACUUCAGCUUGUUGGAGACCGAUCAACAGAAUGCCGUGGUGACAGCCAGAGAGAACGGCAUUCUGGGUAUUGGUGCUCCCGCUCAUAAAGCAGCAGUUGGAGGAGGGGGUCAGGGGCGAGGCCUGGGGUCUUCCUGUGGACUGUUCUCUCCACCACCACUACCUGAUGGACUCCCUGCCCCUCUUAUUAAACGCAUCGAGCACCUGCGGGCGGCUUCGCGGCAGUUUGAUCAGGAGGGCAGGAAGAAAUUUUUCACCCUUGACAUGAAUAACAUUCUCCUGGAUAUUGAGCUGCAGGUCCAGGAGCAGCCUCCUGAGGUGCGCUCAGGCAUCUAUUCGCACAUGGAGGCAUUUGUACCGUGCAACAAAGAGGCCCUCCUCAAGCGCCUCAAAAAGCUCAGCCUCAACAUCCAGGACGACCGUCUGCGAGCCCCUCUGAUGAAGCUGAAGUUGGCUGUGUGCAGUGUGAUGCCGGAGCAGAUAGCCAGGUUCAACAUGGACUGCAUGGCCAAGGCUGCAAAGUAACUUAGUUUAAUGAGCGAUCACGUUUUGAACCUGCUGUGUAACUUGGUACGAGUGAAGCUGAGCUGCUAUGAGAUGGAGAAGCAGUGCUCGCUGUCAGUGGAGGACUACCUCAAGGCCUUCUUGGAGAAUGAGGUCAAACCACUGUGGCCCAAAGGUUGGAUGCAGACCAGAACUCUGUUGAAGGAGAGCUUUGUCAUUCACGGCCACCUCACUGGAAACCUAGUAAAAAGGAGGAUGGUGCCUGGACCGAAGGCCAAAGCCAAGGAGGGUCUUUGGAUCAACAAACCUCUCACCAUGACCUCCACCCCGUCUCUGCCCACCUCCACCUCUGUACUGAUGUCCUGCCGCCCCCCACCUCCGUCCUCCUCCUCGCCCCCGGAGCCCAUCUGUCUGUCAGACUCUCUGGAUGAGGACUUGACUGCUCCCUCUCUGGACUCUAUCUCUCACGCUCUGGCCCUCCUCAGCAGUGCAUCUAAGGGCCUGGGCCUCGCAGACAGCCCCCUGUCACCCCCACCGCUGCAAAUACCCACCACUUCUCCUCCACCUGUCGCCCCUCAUUACCCCUCUGCCUCUCAGGUGUCUAUAUUGGCUACAUCCACACCUCAGCAUCAUUCCCUGUCCAAGAUGGAGGCCUCUCACCCAGUCAUGGCGUCAGCUGGUAACUUGUCUGGAACGACACUAGCACACCCCUCUUCUACCUCCUCUUCCUCUCCAGUUGUGUCUUCCGUGGUCCGUGUGACCUCCUCAGGCGUGUCGUUGGCCUCCAGGACUGCAGAUGGUCCGUACGCUCAAAUGAAAGGCACCAUGGGUCAAAGCCCAGUUCAGAGACCCGUCACCAUGGCGACGUCUGCUCACAGGCCCACCUCUGUAAUGGGCAAAAUGCAUCCUCACCCCUCUCCUUCACCUCCAAAGCAGCGGCCUCCCCCCACAGCUUCCCCUCUGCUUCCCCCUCAUCAGAAAGGUUUUGCCAGCCCAGGAGGGGUCCUGGGUACACUGGGAACCAGUCAGGGACUCUCCAAGAGCAGUGCCAAAGCUGUCAGCAGCAAUGGCAGUGCUGCCAGCAGCAGCAUCACACCUCCCUCCUCUUCAUCACAGUCCAGGUCCAACUCCACCUCCCACCAUGGCCUGCAGUCCUUCUGCCCCCCCUCUUCAGCAGCCUCUUCACCGUCCCCCACCUCCCAUACCUCCCAUUCUUCUCAAGGUAAAUCUCACACCCACCAUCACCACCAGCCCAACUUCAUCACCCCCAUGCAGGCCACACUCACCAAGUCCUCCCACAGCAGCAACUCCUCCCCCAUCAUCAAACUCACCCCUCGGCCUCCUGCACCCACCCCUCCUCCCUCCUCCUCGCCUUCCCCAUCAUCCUCACCCUCACACCAGCUCUCCCAUCAGAUGAUCUCCAACCAGCAGCAGCACCAGUACUCUCCCAAAACCCCCAGAACUUUCCGGCCCCCCUUCAGUGGGCAGAUGAAGCAAACGCAGGGCAGCAGCAGCUUCGCCAGCACCAGUAAACCUCAGCCCGCCAUGAGCAGCAGCACCAUCAGCAGCAGCUCCAACAAAGGAGUUGUUUCAGACAAAACACCUGCUUCCUCUAUGAUUUCAGUCUCAGCCAAUCAGAGGCAGAGGGUUGUGGGCAGAGCCAACCAGAGCUCAAAGGCAGGGAAUGGCUGGGCAGCUUCAAGCACUUUGACCUCAUCGACUACAACAUCACACCUCCCACAGGUGUCAAACGCUGGCUCCCCCCUCCUGAACUCUGCCCUCCCCCUGGGCUUUGGGAUGUUGGGGGGUCUCGUGCCCGUCUCGCUACCCUUUCAGUUCCCUUCGUUGCUCAAUUUCAGCGCUCCAGGAGUCCCGGGAGCAACUAGGAUGGGCUCAGCUCCCAGCUCCAACUCAGGAUACCAGUUAGCACAGAGCGACCUAUUGGAUCUGUAUAAGAGCCUCCAGUCAGGGUCGCAGGCUGCCCUACCUCCUCACUUGCAGCUUGCUUUUUCAGCUCAGGACCUCAGGAGUCAGGAUCCUUUAAAGAGCUCGUCCUGCUUCUCGGUGGAGGACGACCGAAAACCUCCACGAGCUUCAGAGUCUCAGUAG